GCACGCAUGCGUCUUCGAAUCCACGAGCUGGAAAAAACUGGCGGUGGUUAUGAAAGCCGAAUUGAAGCAUUGAACAAGAAGAUUGCCGAUCUGGAGAGUCAGCUGCGCUUUAUUCGUGAUGACUACGAUGUGCGCCUCAGCCAACGCGAUAAGCGAAUUCUGGAGCUGCAGGGAGAAAUUGACCGCCUGCUAAAUGAAUAUCAAGAUCUAUUCGACCUGAAAGUCCAGCUUGACACUGAAUUGAAAGCUUACCAGAAUCUGCUUGAGGGCGAAGAAUCACGACUGAACAUCUCGCAACAAUCAUCACCAGCGGCAUCACCAUCAGCUGCUGGCGAUCGUCCGUUGAGUGUUUCGUUCGCUGAUUCUGGAUAUCGUCGAGCAGUCAAGAGAAAGCGCUUCAUCGCAUCCGACGACAGUCUUUAUUACCGGAACACUGCCAAGACAUACAAAACAACAUCCAAUUCGGACUGCGAUAUUGAGAUCGAGGAGCAUGAUACGGAUGGCAAGUUCAUCAAGCUAUGCAACAAGGGCGAUGAGACCAUCUCGAUUGGUCAGUGGGCUAUUAAGAGCGUGGCGAGUGACAAGGAAACAGUCUACAAGUUCCACACUAGACAGACGAUGAAGCCCGGCGAUACCAUUACUGUCUGGAGUGCGGAAAGCGGUGAGCGACAUGUUCCUCCAUCUCAGCUGGUCAUGAAGAACCAACACUGGCCUGCCGGGGAUCGUGUCAAAACGACUCUUGUCGAUGCUGAUGGCAACGAAAUGGCCACCCGAGAAAGCGUUGCUGAGCUGCAGUUCGGGCAUUUCAUGAGUGAUGAUGGUCACGAUCCGGACCAGCGAUGUGCCCUGAUGUAG